AUGCCUUCCUCCCACCAUCCACCGGUCGUCGAUCUCACAGGCGACGACCGUGCCGUAUCAUCAUCACCAUCAACAACACUCAAUCCUGCUCUUGGUGGAGGGGAAGAAGUACGGCUUUGCAAUCCAUGUGUGCCAGAUCCAAAUCCGAACCCCCCUGGCUACAGUACCGUGCGGGGACACAGCCACCGAUCCACUCAUUCUCUUUCAUCAACUAUGGCCAACGUAUAUCGUGCCUCAUCAGGUCCAAACCAGAAUCGUGAAGCUCGUCAGGAACGACGAACCGUGGGUGCAAAUGACCGACCACAAUUCUUGAACGAACUGAACUCGCAACCCCAUCAAGUUCCCUCGACCACCGGCCUAACCCGACCCCGCCGUUCAUUUUCUAGCCGUGAGGGUAACCUGCCCCGUGGACCUGCACCAGACGAAGGUGAUUUCUGCCCUGUAUGCAGACGCCAAUUUCCCCCACUGAGUCCCGAGCAGCCUCUCGAGGCGCGCCAAGCCCACACCCGGGCGUGCAUCGAGAGCUAUUUGAGACCGGCUGCCCCGCCGCGCACAUCUUCCGCGCAACAGGGUCCCCCGCUGCCCCAUCCUCCACCAGCAGCCCGCAUGCUUCCAUUUGUGGCCACAGAGAAGGACUGUCUCGGUGAGCAUGGCCAGGCAGCGGAGUGCACGAUCUGUAUGGAGGACUACGAGGUCGGGCAGACUCUGGCCCGCCUUGAGUGCUUGUGCAAGUUCCACAAGCACUGUAUUGUCGACUGGUUUGAGAGGAAGAUGGAGUGCCCGGUCCACAAACUUUCCUAA